AUGAGCUCCGAAACUCCGCAAGACUACUCUGUCGAUGAAGAGAUCCUUUACUUCUUCCGCCAGACCUCUGCAACUCAGUCAGCUUGUGAUGCUCGUGCCCGAGACCUCGUUGGGGGAUCCAUCAUCCCUGUUGCAGUUCAAGGGAUUGCAGCUAUACUGUUUAUGCGGGCCCCAAUCACGAUUUCGUGGUUCAGUUUCGACUUAAAGCGCGAGAUACAUGGGCCUUUGGUUCCAUCUGCCACUUUUCACGGUCAGAUCGGAAAUUCGGAGGAGGGCGCUGAUGUGAAAGAGCUCCUUUUGAUCUACGUGAUGAACCGAAUUAAAGGCAUCAGCCACCUUGAUUUCAUUCUGGCUCAUAACCUCUCAGUUGACUCGGUCGAGUAUUUUGGAGUCAUUGACUGGGCAGAAGCUGAAAUCGGUCCUUUUGGAACAAACUUUCACUCCCUUCAGCAAUUCAUGAGUCACUAUCGCCUCCGCAUCGACCGGGUCUUUUGGGACACCCUGUCCACGAGUGCUGGAGGGCUUGAUCCCGACACCAUCCAAACGAUCAAGGCGGCUUUAAUUCUUUACUUCUAUCUUUACUACUUUAAAUCUUAUUAUUAUUUUUAG